UGGCCAAGUGAAGAGCAUGUCAGGAAGAAGAGCCAGACUUCGUCCUGAAGCUGAGGCUGCUCAGUUCAUUUUAUCUGGAGUUGACAAGCCUGGUUUAAAGGUCCAGUGGGUCAGUGACUGUAAAGGACGUGGUGUAUUUGCCUGUGCACCAAUUGAAAAGGGAUCCUUUGUGGUCGAGUACCGUGGGGAGUUAAUCUCACAACAUGAGCGGGACAAGAGGCAGAAAAAGUACACAGAGAAGCAAAAUGCUUUCCUGUUUGAUUUUGAAUGGAACAGCAGCACAUGGUGCAUUGAUGCCUCCCGUGAAGAUGGCUCACUGGGUCGUCUGGUUAAUGAUGCCCACAAGUCACCAAACUGCAAAAUGAAAAAGUUGACAGUCCAGGGCAAACCUCAUCUCUGCUUGUUUGCUAUUGAAAACAUCCAAGCAGACAGUGAAAUAACCUAUAACUAUGGAGAAUCUCAGUGGCCAUGGCGAGCUCUGCAGACACCAAAUGUUCAGAUCCCAACUCAAUCUUCUGCAGACCAGGAAGUGAGCGAGGUUUCCACUUCAUCCUUCCAACAGGAGACGUCCUCAUAUGGUCUGGCCCAACAGCUGUAG